CCAGCCUACCUGAUACCUUCCCUUAUUCCGAUUCGCCGUUAUGUUACAAAAUUAUCGUUGAGUGAUAGUAGUGAGUUUUAGAACGGUUAGUGAUAAUUAAAAAACAUAAAUUAAUAGGCGUUAGAUCGGGCAGUGAUCAUUUCUUAAAUCAAUCUUAAAAUAAGCACCUAAUGAAUUUCGUUUUUCUUAUUAUUUGAAGAUGUCAACGAGUGACAGAAGAGAACACGUGAAAUACCUGGAGGAUGUUGGACUGAAUAUUUACUCUAAGACUGAUCGAAGGCCAGCACAAAAACCCCCCCCAAAAGUAAGAGGGAAGCAUUUUUCAAACCUAGAAUAUCUGGUGGAUGGAUCUCUCGUAUGGUUAACGCCCAAAAAUUUAAAAUCAUUUCCAAGCAAGACUUACGAUGCUAGAAUUGACUCUAGUUACUUUGAGCAAUGUUUCAUAACUGUGAACAAACUGGGGGAAGGCUCCUUUGGUUCUGUAUACAAGGUUAUCUGCAAAGAUGAUAAGAAGUUCUACGCUAUGAAGGUUUCGAAGGAACCUUUUCGAAAUGACUGGGACAGGACUUCAAAAGUGAAUGAAGUAGAUCUGCACACCCUUGUUUCUGGACACCAGAACAUUGCCACGCUGUAUAAUGCCUGGGAAGAAGACAGGCAUAUGUAUAUGCAACUGGAAUUGUGUAAGCCAGUUGUGGACAAUGAAGAGCCUGUAUCUGAGUACAAGUGCUGGGAAGUACUGAUCGACAUUGUAACAGCACUGGAUUGUCUCCACAACUUGGGAAUGGGACACUUCGAUGUCAAAUUAGAAAACAUUCUCUGUGGCUACGAUGGACUUUAUAAACUAUCAGAUUUUGGCUUAGUGUAUCACUUUGAAAAGGACAAACAGAAAGUACCAAAAGAAGGGGACGCUAAAUAUAUGGCUCCCGAACUACUGAAUUCAGCAAAAGAAUUCACAACCAAAGCAGACAUCUUUAGCUUAGGUAUAUCGAUCUUGGAAUUAGCUGGGAAUUUGUCUCUCCCAACAAAUGGUGAGGUAUGGAAGGCCCUGAGGGAUGAUACCUUCCCACUGACACACACUCAACGUAUGUCAGACGAUCUCUUUUACCUUCUGACAAAAAUGAUGUCUUCGGACUCGUCUCUGAGACCAUCGGCAAGUGAUAUAUUGCAAAUGCCUAUUGUCAAAGCUGCUAUACACAAAAGAAAGAUGUUCGGAGGUAUUUGGAUGCUGAAAGACGUCACCCACUCCAGCAAUGAUGUCCUACCCUACAUGACUAUCUGGGCGGUUUUCUCACUCUUGGUUAUCCUCAUGGCACGUAACUUAGCCAAGCCUUCGGUUGUUAACUCCGAUAGUGCUAUGGAAGUUGAUGACUUUACCUCACCCGGUAAUGUCUCAUUUUCUGGCUUUAUGAUGGGGAAACGUCAGAUCCGAGAACAAAGCCCCAUAAGCUCUUUCGCAACCAGCACGCCUUUUGCUAUGCCAAAUGGACGGAACUGCAAGGUACCGAGGUUGCUCAAUGGAAGUACUUCGCUGGGUAGCAGGGAAGAAUUGUCUUUCACCAAUGACAGUUAUGCUGAAACAUCUUCCCAGGUGAAUACUCCGUGCACCAUGAAUAGAGCGAGGAACAUGGCAGAUACCACAAGUGGGUAUAUAUCUCCGUGCAGUAGUAUCAACUUUGGCCAGGACUUGACCAGCUUUAAUCCAUCCAUGAUGUCCUUCGGCGUAAGUCCGAUUCGACUGAGUCAAAGACAGAAGGAAGCUGUGAAGGCCAGCAAGAGGCAGCGGAUGAUGGUCCCCAGAAACUUGAGUAAGCAUUUCGAAGAUGAGGAUAAAGAUGAGGAGAUGAAUUGAAGAACUAUACAACUUGUAUUUCAUCCACUGCAAUUUUGUUGACUAGUCAUUGAACCAAACCUUGUAUAGUGUAAAUGUUGACCUAUGGAAUGUCGAUUAAGGUUAUUAGAGAUAAGAAAGCUUGAUGAAUUGAUGAUCUUGUCGACUUUCAUAUGAUUACUACUUUUUAUCUUCCAUACCAUUUUAACAUAUCAACUUGAAAAGAGUUCGUGAUCAGCAUAUUUGUACAUUAUAAUGUGUGGAUAAAAAGUUGUAACUUUUAGUGUGAAUGUAAAGUUUUAUUUAAUGUUUAUGUUUUUAGUUACCCAGUGUGAUGAGAUACAAGGUAUUUAAAGUACAAAUUUAAUGUGAUUGAACUGUGUUUGUGUUGUUAAGUGUUUUUUAUUGUGUCUAAUAAUUAGGCACGAAACACUGAAAGGUCUGUGGGUUGGGUUAUGUUUGUUAUAAAUCCGUAAUAUAAAAAUCAAUUGUUGCCCAGUUCCUGUGCCCAUCCCGUCUUUUUGGUGUUUAAUGUCCCUAUGAAACUUUCAUAAUUUCUAUAUAUUAUGCCUGUAACAAAUUCUAUUCCUGUUUGCUAAUAAUAACGCCAAAAUAAAAAUACAUAAUUGGAAUUUCAUAUCUGGAACGCCAGCUUAUAUACU